CAGACUCUCCCAAACUCUUCUUGCGUUCCCCGCUCUUUUGCUUUCCUUGCAAAGUUUGUUUGCCUACAACCGUCACACUCAGUAGUCACGGUCACCAUGAGUGCUGAAAAAGGUUUGAUCCCGCAGCAGGAAAAGCCGGCUCGGAAGCCGCGGGAAAACCUGAGUCAUCUUCAGGACGAUGAGCGAGAUCAAAGAAGGAAACUAGCAAAUGCAUCAUCUGCUCGUGCAUCACGAGAAAGGGCGAAAGCCUAUUUGAAGAAAUUGGAAUCGGAGGUGGAGAAAUUGAGUCAGGAGAAUGUCCAAUUGAAGGCGCGAGUCAAUGUUUUGGAGACCUCGCAGAAACCCACGCAGUUGUUGACCACUCCAGCUUACCAGAUCGACCCUGGCGUUAUGGAUUUGGAUACGCCAAACAUUGGCAUCAAUCCGGCGUUGUUUGAUGACCAGACAUAUGCAAGGUACAAAGGCUUGUUGGCACUUAUUGAGCGCCUACAGCAGCGUCAACAACAGCAGCAGCCGCAACAACAGCAGCCGCAGGAACAGCAGCCGAAACAACAGCAGCAGCAGCCGCAACAACAGCAGCAGACGAAACAACAGCAGCAGCCGCAAGACCCUCCCCUGCCGCCAGCAACGACUGGCAGCAGUCUACAACAGUUACAGUAUGGUAAUACGCCAACGGCAUUCUCCCCCAGGGGACCGAGUGGCAGAGCUGUAUACGCUGAUACGAGCUCUCCGUACUAUCGUCCCGGCAACAGACCGGUGCAGCAUGGUCACCCACCUUACUCUGGAUAUUCGGUGAAGGCACUGUCGGGACACCAGCGCAGUAGUCCUCCAGCGCAGUCUUGCGGUUCGCCACCGCAGUUGCAAGCAUCACCUGAAUCCCUGGAGCAACCCCAGGAGCAGCCAGAGCCAACGCACGAGCAACACCAUCAGCAGGAACAUCAAUUGCCUUCCUGGCCAGGCAUGGUGGACCUCAGUGACGCACCAUUGUCAGGACAGUCCGACAUCACUGGCGAUGGUGGUAAUCAGCAAGAUCAGUCCAUAAGUGGAGCAUCUGUUGCUGAGAACUCCCACAAGUCCCUAAUGGACGUCUUCCUGGAAGUCAUUAGGCUGUCCACCCUGGCUUUUGUUUUGCUGUAG